UUUGAAUUAUGCUCUGCAAAUGUGUAGCUUCGAAGGAGUUUGGGUUUUUCUUCUCAGAUUAUUUCGCUUUCGAUAAGUGUGCUUGCUUAUGGCAUUUUAAAACAAAAAAUGUUUUCAUCGAAAAUGGCCCAAAUAGAUCCAAGCAAAUAUUUAUGUCGCAUUUGCUCAAACCCAUCGGCCAAUGUUAUUACGCUCGACUAUACCAUCAAUGGAAUUUCGCUGGCAGAGAUGUUACAGUUCUGUGUUAUGAUUACGGUUAAUAAGAACGAUAAUCUACCAUAUCAAUGCUGUUACGAUUGUAAAACGGAUUUACUAGUAGCUCACAAAAUGGUCAAACGAUGUAUUGAAUCGGACAAAAAAUUUCGUCAGCAUUCUCAAGAGAGUGACGAAAAUAGUACGGCAGAACCAUCCCAAUACGCACAGGAAUACAUCGUGCCCGAAGCACAGAACUUCGUCGAAUUACCGGCUGAGACUUCACAUAAUACUUCAACGAAUGUUGUAAGACACAGCAUCCUCAUCUUGAAUUGA